AUGUACCCGCCGGCGAUCCUGCCGAUGCUGGCCGUGUACGUGUCGGUCGCAAUGGAGGCGAUCGGCGAUAUCACCGCGUUGGCCGAAGUGUCGCGCAUAGCCGUCAACGGCGAAGAGUUCGACACGCGGAUCCAGGAUGGGGUGCUGAGCGACGGCGUCGGCGGGCUCAUCUCCGCGCUGUGCACUGUCACGCCGCCGUCGAUCUUUGCGCAGAACAACGGCGUCACUGCGAUCACGCGCUGUCUCGGGCGUCUUUCUUGCAAUACCAAAUCCUGCGAUAAGCGGCACCACGACGUUUCUAUUUGCGUCGGUCGCAGUGUCGGCAUUCGCGUGCUCUCGUACCACCGCAUCACGCGCCGGGAUCGCUUCAUCCUCGCGGCCACGCUAUCGUUUAGCAUCGGCAACCUGAUCGUGCCAAGUAUCGUCACGCACUUUUUUGACGGCAACGCCGUGUUCAUCGCCGCGGUGUUUAACCAGUUGUUGCCGCAGGAAAACGAAGAAGAUGGUGAAGAUGAACCCGGUGCUGAAGUCAUUGACAUCGAGGAGCAUCGUGUUCGGUCUGAAAAAGAAAAAUACGGGGAAUGA